UGGAGUAGUUUAAGAAGUAGUAACACCAAGUUAUUGUAUUCAAGUGGUUAAUGAGCUCCACUUAAGUUCAAAGAACUCGAGUUUGAAUUCUGUGUGAAACUAUUCUUGGUCAAACUUUACUUACUUUCCAGCCGAAUUCUGGUUUACCAUGAGCCCCCCUUCCUCGAGAACAGAGAGUUAACACUAUUUUUUAAUGAAGUAGGAAACUCUUGAAGUAGUAAAUACAUGAACAUUUUUCUUUAACACAUGAAAUAUUGUUUUAGAAAAAACAUGUGACACAUGGGGCAAAUUUAUGAACCUAUUACCAAUUUAGGUAUUUUCUUUUGUCAGUGUCAAUCUCAUAUUUUCCAUAUCUGUGAUAAUUUUUUUACGUUUUCAACACUUUAUCUUUCUGGCAGUAGGAAUAGGGAAAAAGCAUGAAACAAUUCAGUGAAUGAGCAGACCUGUAUACUAUCUAUAAAGUGGAAUAUUUUAAUUUUAGGUAUUUUAGCCUGCUUGAAGUAGAAUAGUAUUGCCUACCCGGCAUGCCCCUCCUCAAAUCUGAAUUUUAGGUAUUUUAGCCUGCUUGAAGUAGUUUCUUACCUUGAAUAGUAUUGCCUACCUGGCGUGCCCAUCCUCAAAUGCCUCCCCAUGACAUCUAAUCUGAAGUUUUCUUACUUAUCUUGAUGGAUGAGUAGGCAGUGGCCAUUUGAUUCAUAACCUUGGAGAAGAUUAAUUCUUCAGAUUAUUUAUUCAGUCAAAGUUACGUGUAUAGGAGGGUAGUUGUUGAUAAUCUAGUUUAAAACCUUACCUACCUGCUUGUUUUAUACAGGUUUGUGAUAGCAAGCUAAUGAUUAAGAGGGUCUACACACACUAGGUUAGUAUAGACUUAAGAGGUCAGCAAGGGACACCAACGCCCCAAAUAACUGAAUGCCAAAGAAAAGAGAAUAAUUCAAUCAACAGUUAGCAGUUAGAUCAUAAAACCUCUUCCUUACUAAUAUCAGAGAAAUCAUAAAACCUCUUCCCUGGCAAAUGGAGGAACUCGCCGUAUUCAUUUGACGGUUCUAAACUCCGAACGAGCUGAAGAACAAGAGGUCGUCGGGUACAAAUUUCGUUACCACGUGAAAGUCAUGGCCGACGAGAGCUUCGAGAACACUAGACUUGCCUCUACUUUGACUACCAACAACCGCCACUAGAGGUAGGUUAAUAGCUGAUUGGCUUUCGACGCGGAAGAAAAUGUCUUGAAGUCGGUUUACCUUAGAGAUCACGGCGGAACCAAGAGGAACGGGAGCGGGGAUGAUGAUGGAGGAGGAGAUGAGACAAUGUCGUCCACCAUGAUUGGAUCGGUGGAAAAGUGGAACCCUAGUUAGGGUUUUGAAAUGUAACGGUUUGAUUGGAGAGAGGUGGAGAUUCAAACUCGGUGUACUUUUGGAGUGUUGCUUGUGUUGUGGGUAGAAUUUCAAUUUUGAGGAUUUUGAAAUGAAGAUAGUAAUCACGCGUUUGUAGCGCUUCUACUGUUUGAUUGUGUUAUACCAUCUAGAGAAGAAAGCCACUUAUUUUCCCCAUUCAUUCGUGAGACAUCAAGAGGAACUCAGGUGCAAUCCACUAGUGAUCUUCGAAGGCCAUAUCCAUAUAUUUGAAGUUCAUUAUAUGCAUGCAUGGCAGUCAAUGGUCAAACGUAGAGUGAAACAAAUUGGUGGUUUAGAGACUCUAUCUUCUGACAUUAGUGAAUGGCUGAAACUGAUAGGGAAGCGGGAGAAAACAAGGGCGUCUCAGACAGGCAGAUUCGUUUGAAGAUUGUGUCACCAAAUGUUUUGGACAUGACACUUGUAGAUCUCCCAGGUAUUACAAAGGUUCCUGUUGGCGAUCAGCCUUCUGAUAUUGAAGCCCGGAUCAGAACAAUGAUCAUGUCAUAUAUCAAAGAGCCCUCCUGUCUUAUUCUAGCUGUCACACCGGCAAAUUCAGACUUGGCUAAUUCAGAUGCUCUUCAGAUGGCAGGAGUGGCUGAUCCUGAGGGUAAUAGAACGAUCGGUGUAAUCACAAAGUUGGAUAUCAUGGACAGAGGUACUGAUGCCCGAAAUCUGUUACAAGGAAAAGUUAUUCCCCUCCGACUUGGCUAUGUUGGCGUUGUAAAUCGUAGUCAGGAGGAUAUUCAAAUGAACCGGAGUAUAAAAGAUGCUCUUGUUGCUGAAGAGAAAUUUUUCCGCAGCCGUCCUGUAUACAACGGUCUAGCGGAUAGUUGUGGUAUACCUCAACUAGCAAAGAAGUUAAACCAGAUUCUAGCGCAACAUAUCAAAGCUGUGCUACCUGGGCUGAGAGCACAUAUAAGCACUAACCUAGUUACUGUUGCAAAGGAGCAUGCGAGCUAUGGAGAAAUCACAGAGUCUAAGGCUGGUCAGGGCGCUCUUCUCCUGAACAUUCUUUCAAAAUAUUGUGAAGCAUUCUCCUCCAUGAUUGAGGGAAAGAAUGAGGAGAUGUCUACAUCCGAGUUAUCCGGCGGGGCACGAAUUCAUUAUAUUUUUCAAUCCAUCUUUGUCAGGAGUUUAGAGGAGGUAGAUCCAUGUGAAGGCUUGACUGAUGAUGAUAUUCGUACUGCCAUACAAAACGCAACUGGGCCAAGAUCAGCAUUGUUUGUACCCGAAGUACCAUUUGAAGUCCUUGUGCGAAGGCAAAUCUCUCGUCUAUUGGAUCCAAGUCUUCAGUGUGCGAGAUUUAUAUAUGAUGAAUUAAUAAAGAUGAGCCAUCGCUGUAUGGUGACUGAACUGCAGCGGUUCCCUUUCUUAAGGAAGCGCAUGGAUGAAGUUAUAGGAAACUUUUUACGGGAAGGUCUUGAACCAUCAGAGAACAUGAUUGCUCACAUAAUGGAGAUGGAGAUGGACUACAUAAAUACUUCACACCCAAAUUUUAUUGGUGGAAGUAAGGCAUUAGAAUUUGCAGUGCAACAGACCAAAUCUUCUAGGGCUGCCUUAUCAGUUUCUAGACCAAAGGAUGCUUUGGAAUCUGAUAAGGGAUCAGCCUCUGAAAGAAGUGUGAAGUCACGGGCUAUUCUUGCUAGACAAGCUAAUGGAGUUGCUGAUUCGGCUGUCCGUACUGUAUCAGACGCCGAAAAAGUUGCAGCUUCUGGAAACAUUGGUGGUGGAUCAAGUUGGGGUAUCUCAUCCAUUUUUGGUGGAGGUGGUGAUAAGUCUGUGAAGGAGAGUGCUGCUAGUAAACAACAAGCCGAACCAUUUCAUAGCAUGGAACAAUCAUUUUCUAUGAUCCAUUUGACUGAGCCACCUCCUAUCUUGAGGCCUUCCGAUACUAAUUCAGAGACGGAAACUGUUGAAAUUACAGUCACAAAGUUGCUUUUGAAAUCGUACUAUGACAUUGUCAGGAAAAACAUUGAGGAUCUCAUCCCCAAAGCAAUUAUGCACUUCUUGGUAAACAACACCAAGAGAGAGCUACACAAUGUAUUCAUUAAAAAGCUAUACAGAGAUAACCUGUUUGAAGAGAUGUUGCAAGAACCUGAUGAGGUAGCCUUGAAAAGAAAGCGUUGUAGAGAACUUCUCCGAGCUUAUCAGCAAGCAUUUAAGGACUUGGAGGAGCUGCCCAUGGAAGCUGAAACAGUUGAAAGAGGAUACAGUUUACCUGAUACAAAUGGUUUGCCCAAAAUUCAUGGACUACCAACGUCAUCGAUGUAUUCAUCAAGUAAUAUUGGAGAUUAUUAUGGAGCUUCUCCUAAGCACCAUAAAUCAAAAAGGUCUUCUCAUUCUGGGGAACUUCAAUCUCCAUUUUAUGCUAAUGCAGAUUCCAACGGAAAUGGAAAACAAUCCGCCUCAGGUUUUUAUCCCACGCUUGAUACAUAGGCUAUAGCUAAACAAGCUCACUAGUCCAAGUAGUUUAAUUCAAGGUGUGUUAUUCAUUUGAUUAGUUUGUAACAUUUGGGAUUUGGAGUUCUGCCUUCCAGAGCUGGAAUGCACGAACCUAAUGUUUUCUGACUAAGAUGGUCUUGAAUGUCGGUCAAGGCUUGGUUAACACAAGUUCACCUUUUGUUCUCAUAUAAGUUUGGCAUUAUUAAAAAGCUCCAGUAACAAUAAUAGGAGAGGUGAUCUUUCACAUUUUUGAGAAUCGGCUUUCUGUAUAUGAAUAUGAUGACCUUUUUUCUUUCUUUCGUUAGUUAGGUAUUGUCUUUAGCAAUUAUGCAGAUUUGCAAUUUGUUUGCAGUAAAAGCAGGACGUUAUUUGCUAUGUGAAAUGGUUUGCAAGUAGUGGUUUUCCCAUUGAUUGUUAUUGCAAUAUAUAUACAAGUUAUUCUUUAAUGCUAUGUUGAUUUGAUCUUUGCAAUGGUUGAA